GACGGGAAAAUUUUCAAUUUGCUGCUAAAAUUGGAAUGACAAAUUAUUAUUGGUCUUAGCCGUCCAAAAUAAGGACAACACAAAGAAAAAAAUUAUUAUUGAGUUUAUGUUCAUGACGUUUAUCAUCAACAUAUUUGCUCUCAAAUAUUAACUUAAUAUGAAUUUUCAAGUGUGUAAAAUAUGUAAAUCUGACAGUGCAGUUGUGUAUCUUGAUAUUUUUGGUGAAAUAAAUUCGUCUAAAAAUAUCUCCGCCAUCAUAUCGAAACAUUUUUGGUUUGAGUUUAAACCGUCUCAUGAGCAGCAACUCAUCUGUAAUGAAUGUUGGAACUCGUUGUACGAAUUCAAUAACUUUUAUGAAACGGUCGAGAAAAUUCAUAAAUUUUAUAGCGGAGACUCAUUGGCUAAGCAGGACCUGUCUGGAGAUCCGUUUGGAGAUGACCACUUUGCUGACAAGGGCAAUGUGUUUGGACAUGAGGCCCAGUUGGAGUUUCUAGCCGAGGUGAAAGAAGAACCAUUAGAUGAUCUUCAUGUUAAUGCUUUGGAUGUUUUUGGUGGCAGCGAGCCUGAUGGGGAUAUUACACCAUCCGAGCAACGAGAUUUACCAGAAAAGGUGACAACUCGGAAGUCAUCAAGGAUUCAGUGUAAAUCUCUCUCGAAAACAAUUGAUACCAAGGAACAAAUCGAUUCGGCGUUUGGAAGACUAAGAAGACGUAAUACUACUAGAGCCGUUUACAAAGACGAACAGUCGUCUUCGGAAGAUGGUAAAGAAGGGUUUACGCUAUCGGAUGAAUCCGAUGUCAAUGAUGAUGAUGAUAGUAAUGAAGAAAUCAAAUCGAAAAGUAGACUGAGAGGACGUAGACGAAGGAAUGCCAGUGAUACGGAGGACGAUAAUUUAGAUACAAAACCAGACGAUUCCGAAGAAGAGGAACAGGAGACUGAUGCUCCGUUAAAAACGAGUAGGGCAAAGCGGAAGAAGGAUACGAAAUUGUUCGAGCACAUCGAUGAGUUCAUCUGCUAUCUAUGCCCCGAAAGAGUGGAAUUUGAAAGGUUCUACCAUGCAACGGUACAUUAUAAAAACCAUCACAAGGAACCGGCUUACAUAAAGUGUAAGGUUUGCGACAAGCGUUGCUACACGCCUGGGAAUUUCAUAAGCCAUGUGGCUGUGCACACCGAUCCCGAUAAGUAUAGGUGCCAAAUUUGUGGCAAACAGAACGACCAGCAAGUAGCGCUUGCCAAGCAUAUGAGAAUUCAUCGUCCUGAAAUGGAGGAAAAGUUGCCCAUUAGGUGCCGGCUAUGUCCCAGGCGAUUCGCUACCGAGAAAAAGCGUGACAGACACGAAAAGCAUCACAAUCGCAAACCAAUGGAGAAACCACCGCGGAUUGUGGGUCGCGAUGACGAGGUUUUGGAGUUCUACAAGCGAAUCAUCUGCGAAAUUUGCGACCAGCAGCGCAUGGUGGACGUCCACGUACCGGAUGUUGAGUACGAUAAUAUGCAAGAUCUGAAAAAGCACAUGCGCGAAGCGCACAACGAUAAGGGUUAUUUGAAGUGCCACAUGUGCGACAAAAAAUGUAACAUUCGCUCGAUGCUACUGAUUCAUAAAGAUUUUCAUCUCAACCCAGAGAAGUACAGAUGCGAUAUAUGUGGUAACGUAUACCAGAAUCUACCGAAGCACAGGGAAGGUGCUCACACUACACCUGGAGAGGCAUCGUUUUGUUGCGAACAUUGUGGCAAAGCUUUGACGAGCGAGAAAAGCUUAAAAUCCCACGUAGAACGAAAACAUGCCGUUAAGGAUGUAACCUGUGAUAUUUGCCACAAGCCGUUUAGUAAAGGUACACUGGAGAGCCAUAAGCGCGUUGUUCACGAGAGUGCUUCCUAUAUGUGCACGCAUUGUCCUCGUAUGUUCAAGAGUAAAUUUUCCCUUAACCGCCAUCAGGAAGAACACGAGGAGAAGGUCAGAGAAAGGGUUAAAUGUCAGAUCUGCGGUGUAACGUUCAAGCAUAAGUACAUACUGACGAAGCACAUCGACUCGGUACACACGACGGAAGCACCUGUGUCGUGUGAUGUCUGCGGUAAAAUGUUCAAAUCGAAACACCAUCUGUGGAGUCACAAGUCGGAUACUUGCAAUAAUCGUAGAUACGAUUGUACAAUUUGCGGACGAGUAUUCAAGGUUAAGGUACGUUUAACGGAGCACAUGACAACACAUACGGGAAAGAGUCUGUACCAGUGCACGUUCUGUCCGAUGACGUUUAGCUUCCAGUCGAUUCUCUAUACGCACCGAAAGAAGGCCCACUACGAACAGUGGCUUGAGCUGCAGGCUAAACGUGAAGAAGGCGUAAAGUUCAAAGUACUGGAAGCACCUGCUUGAUUUUCGCAAAAAACAAUCUACAUUAGGUGUAAUGAAUACACAACAACACGAGGUUUUUGAUAGCAAGCCAUCAGAGUUCGUAAUACCUUCGAAACUUGACCCUACGUUUGUCUUCGUGUGAAAAAAUGGGGUUCAUUAGUAUUUACUACUAACAUCAUAAGUGGGAAUCACUAAUCUGUCAGACAGUGGAGUGAAAUUUGAAUGGUAACAAUUGAACGGCAAAGAUGAAUGAAAGACUGCUUCAAGAAGAAUGGUACCUCUAAAGCUAUUCUAAUACAACGGUCAAAAGACAUUGCAUCAGUCUUAUUUCGCCAUAUUUUGCUCAAAGGUUGAAGCUUCAAAUUGAUUUAAUAACAAAUAAUCCUACCUCGAAUAAAC